CCCCCAUUUAUGCCGAAGAAGCAUAGGAGAAAAAAACAGACCACGGGCGGGCUAUCUGCCCUAUCCUUCCCCAUAAAACAAUACCUGCCUGAUGCGUUUCUUAAUCUCACUAGAUCCACGGGGAAGCCGCUCUGGAAAACAGUCAAGACCACCCCCCUCCCUAAGGGAAAAAAACCUGCAUUGAUUGCGCACCGGGAGGGGGAGCAUAUAGCUAGUCUGAAAGCCGAGAUCUUACUUCCCAACUCCGUAGUCCUGGGGUUUUUGCAAUCCACCCAGCUUCAUGCAUUUCUAGAAACACACAGAUCUAUGUUUAUAUUUGAAAAAAAUGUAAAGGCUCCCGUGUACAUGGACGGCUUUUAUCUUCAGAGACUGAUGGCAUCCGCCGGCGGAUCACGAUCCAAAGGCUCCCGUGUUUUCUCGCUGGAAAAUGUUCCCCCAAAGAAAUGUUGGGAAACGACGGCAUGAAGUAAUAUUCAUGGAGCUGGAGAACAUUGUGGCAAACACGGUACUACUGAAAGCAAGAGAAGGAGGUGGAGGGAAGCGGAAGGGGAGGAGCAAGAAGUGGAAGGAGAUUCUGCGCUUUCCUCACAUCAGCCAGUGUGGGGAACUGGCGAGCGCCAUCGAGAGAGACUACUCCAGCCUGUGUGAGAAGCAGCCCAUUGGCAGACAGCUCUUCCGUCUUUACUGUGAGACCAGACCCAGGCUGAGGCGAUGUAUCCGUCUGCUGGACGCCAUGGACGAGUACGAGGUGACGCCGGACGAGAAGAGGAGGGCCCAUGGGGAGGAGAUUGUCCGGCGGUUCCUCACCAUGCAGGUAUCUGUUCGCCUAUGUGCUACACGGGACCUGCUCCCCGAAGUGCCUCCUCACUGCCCGCCUGCUCUCCCUUCCAGGACUCUCCAUGACUACCUGAGCGGCGUCCCCUUCACCGACUAUCAGGACAGCAUGUAUUUUGACCGUUUCCUGCAGUGGAAGAUGCUAGAACGGCAGCCAAUCACGAAAGACACAUUUCGACAGUACCGGGUUCUAGGAAAAGGUGGAUUCGGGGAGGUCUGUGCCUGUCAGGUACGCGCCACAGGAAAGAUGUACGCCUGCAAAAAGCUGGAGAAGAAGCGCAUCAAGAAGAGGAAGGGCGAGGCCAUGGCCCUCAACGAGAAGCGGAUCCUGGAGCAGGUGAACAGCAGAUUCGUGGUCAGCCUGGCGUAUGCUUAUGAGACCAAAGACGCCCUCUGUCUGGUGCUGACCAUUAUGAACGGUGGGGACCUCAAGUUCCACAUCUACAACAUGGGCACUCCAGGCUUCGAGAAGGAGAGGGUGCAGUUCUAUGCUGCUGAGAUCUGCUGUGGCCUGGAGCACCUGCAUAGGGAGAACAUCGUCUACAGGGACCUGAAGCCUGAGAAUAUCCUGUUAGAUGACAAUGGACACAUCCGGAUAUCGGAUCUGGGGCUGGCUAUCAAGGUGCCUGACAGCGAGCUGAUUCGGGGCCGAGUCGGGACCGUGGGAUACAUGGCCCCGGAGGUCAUCAAGAACGAGCGCUACGCCAUGAGCCCCGACUGGUGGGGCCUCGGCUGCCUGGUGUACGAGAUGACGGCCGGCCGCUCGCCCUUCCGCGCGCGUAAGGAGCGCGUCAAGAGGGAGGAGGUGGAGCACCGGGUGCUGGAGGAGCAGGAGGAGUACAACGACAAGUUCACUGAGGACACAGAGGCCUUCUGCAGGAUGCUGUUGACUAAAGAGCCAAAGCAGAGGUUGGGGUCAGGUGGGGCAGCGGACGUGAAGGCCCAACCCUUCUUUAAGAACAUCAACUUCAAGAGGCUGGAGGCUGGGAUGCUGGAACCUUCUUUUGUGCCAGAUCCCAGAGCCGUCUACUGCAAAGACGUCCUGGACAUUGAGCAAUUCUCCACCGUCAAGGGUGUCAACUUGGACCAGACUGACAAUGACUUCUACGUCAAGUUCAGCACCGGAAGCGUCUCUAUCCCAUGGCAGAAUGAGAUGAUCGAGACGGAGUGUUUCAAAGACCUGAACGUGUUCGGCCCGCAGGGGUCCCGCCCCCCCGACCUCGACUGGAACCUCCCCCCCGAGCCCCCCCGACGCAGCUUCUUGGAUAGGAUCUUGAGGCGAAAUCAUCUGGAUGUUUCCAUGGUCCAGAGCAAGGCCACAUCUUCCAGCGUGAACUCAGUAGACUCGAUAUCGAACUCUGUCCCCUAGUGACGAACCACGGUCCGGAAAUGAAGGCAAGUGCUCCAGGAAGACCCCGACGGGACAGGUUGUCGGAGCCGAGAGGAGGUGCGAGCCCGUGGGACUGCGGAGCGGCAGCAAGGGAACGGACUAGAUAUGCGCCCAAGAAAGACGCAAACGACAGACGUAACUCGUGUACCCUCAGGACUGCCGAAAUGGAAAAAAAGGUCGCCGAUGUUUAAAGAGAGGAAGAAUAUCAGGGCAUUGAUUUAAAAAAAGACCACUGCAGGGAAUAAAGUCUGUGUCCUUAAUAUUAUUAUAUUUUUUAUUAUUGUUGUUAUUAUUAAUAUGGUUCAUACUGUUUUUUUAAAUAUUUUAAGACGUUUAAAUAAAAGCGCGCACACACUCGCUUAACAAAGGCUAGUUUCGCCUUGCAUAAUCUCAGGCCAGAGAUUUUUAUUUUUUUGUUAUUAUUGUCAUUGGUGUUGUGGCUCCGUAUCAUGUACAUUUUUUUAAACACUGCAUAUGCUUUCAAAAAAAUUGUGACUCUUAACAGGUCGUCGUGGGAGCAGGUCAGCUGUUUGUUUAUGAUGAUGUCAUAGAGGGGAAAGAGUGGGAAGUCUGGGGAAUGGGGGAAAUGUGCACAGGCGAGACGCCACCUGAGAUUUAGGGGUGCUAGGGCAGUUUUAGGACGAGGCGAGAACUGGAGAGACUGACAGACAGUACUGGAGGAACUGGCAGAUGGAUCAGCGUGAAGUAACAGUGUCCCUCUGGCUGAGACCCGGAACCCUCUGGGCUAUAAGCUACCUGCGAGGGGGAGAGAGACGAGCCAAAUGGAAGAUGUCAGCCAAAAUAAAGACUCCAGACUUGAGUGAAAAUAAACACUUUUGACUGA